CAGAGGAGGAGUGCAGUUAUGAGAGGGGAAGGGAGAGGGAAAGAGGAAGAGGGAGAACGUCUGUGUUGAGCAAAUGUGUACACGGUGCGUCUGUAGUGUGUGUUUGUGAGUGGAAGAGGAACAGAGGCAGAGAAUGUGAGAGCAGGAGGGAGAGAAGCAGCGGACGUGUGUUGGUGGGAGCUGAGAGGAAGGAUGGCUGCUCAUGUUUGAACUGCCUCACAUGCUCUCAAAAAAAGAAAUCAGCAGAGCCAUAGAAACACCCUGAGGGACGCAUCUUGUUCAUCAUUUUUGGGGCGGCAGAAAAGACUGGGCAAUGCCUGCUGAAGUGAAAGAGGAGCAGAGUUUGGAGGGUCCAUCUCCACUGUCUUUGCCCCAGGACACUAAAGAGGCAACCAAUGAAAACCCGACAGCCACUGACGAACUGGACACGCCCACGUCCAUCGCCUCUGUGAUGACCUCAACCAAUGAAAGCUCCACAGAAACUGACACCCCGCAGCAGACUGACUCUGAGGAGUCCAAGGCUGUGGAACAAGAGGGUGAAAAGGCACCCAGUGAGACCCAAGAGGGGAUUAAAGAGGAGAACAUCCUCCCAUCAGAUACUCCAGAUCUCACAUUGGUUCAAGAGGCUACAGAGAACACAUCAACUGAGAAACCCACUGCUGAGGCAAAUGUUGAGCCAAACACAACAACCAGCAACACUACCACUGCAACAGUUCUCCCCCAGCCAAUGCUGCCGUCUGGUGAGCCUCAUCCUGUAAACCCAGACAGCCAGAACAGAGUCUACGCCCUCCCUGAUGCCUUCAGGGGCAUUGGAGGCGAUGUCUGCGCGGGAUAUGGAAGCCUUUCUCGUUUCGGCCUUCACGGCUACUUGCCCACCAAAAACUUCCAGCCCGGCGCCCACUACACCUUACCGUUCCUGAGGGACAGCUAUGCCUCAACAGGCCUCAGCAACCAGACAGAAGAGAACAGAGAAAGUCCUCUGGAUGUGAAGACUGACCUGCCAGGCACCGGUUACCACACACUGGGAAUCCCCCAGUUUAGACCAAUUACCACUAUGGAGCUCCUUCGGGAGCCCUCGAGAACCAGAAGCGGCUAUGAUGAUGCAUUUAUGGCCCAGCUGGAAGGGAACCUGAAUCCUUUCUUCCAGGCCAUGUGCCGAGCACAGACCCUGCAGGUGCCCCACAAACGCAGCAGUAUGGUAAGCCUGGAUAGCAUCAGAAGAGACCCACGCUGGAGAGACCCCAACCUGCAUGAGGUGAUCUCCAUGCUCAGGCACCCAAUGGACCCAGUCAAGUCCAAUGCAGCUGCCUAUUUGCAGCACCUGUGUUAUGAAAACGACCUGAUCAAACAAGAGGUUCGGCAGCUGAACGGGGUGCCAAUCCUGGUGGAGUUGUUGGACCAUCCCAAGCCUGAGGUCCAUCGUAAGGCCUGUGGUGCUUUGCGCAACAUAUCCUAUGGGAAAGACCACAACAACAAAAUGGCCAUCAAGAGCUGUGAUGGCAUCCAAGCUUUAGUUAGACUGCUGAGGAAGUCUAGCAGCAUGGAAGUCAAAGAGUUAGCUACAGGCACUCUGUGGAACCUCUCAUCACAUGAACCCCUAAAGAUGACAAUCAUCAACCAGGGACUGCAAACCCUGACUGAUGAAAUCAUCAUCCCACACUCAGGCUGGAGGAGGAGAGACUCUGUUGAUGCAUCUAAACCGCUGAGUGCUGAGUGGACCACCGUCUUCAAGAACACCACUGGAUGCCUGAGGAAUGUCAGCUCUGAUGGAGCAGAAGCUCGACAGAGGCUGAGGGAGUGUGAGGGGCUGGUGGCAGCUCUGCUUCAUGCCCUGCAGUCAGCAGUCAUCAACAAGGAUGCAGACAAUAAGUCGGUGGAAAACUGCGUGUGUAUCCUUCGAAACCUUUCCUAUCACGUUCAUAAAGAAAUCCCAGGAGCUGAGCGAUUUCACGAGCCCCAUGCUGGACAUCUGAUGAGAACAGUGGGGCAUCAGAAGAAGAAGAACGAGCCUGAAUGCUGUGCAGGGAAAAGACCCAAAGAAGAGUGGUUCAGUCAAGGUUGGAAAAAUGGAUUUAUGGAGAGGAAAUACAACACUUUGGAUUUACCAAAAUGUGCAGAACUGAUAAAAGGCUUGGAUCUGCUGUACCAGCCAGAGGUGGUGAGGCUUUACCUCUCUCUUCUUACCUGCAGUCACAACCACAACACCCUGGAGGCAGCUGCAGGAGCGCUGCAGAACCUCGCUGCGGGACACUGGGCUUGGUCGAGCUACAUUCGAGCCACAGUGAGAAAAGAGAAAGGACUUCCAGUUUUAGUGGAGCUGCUGCGCUCAGAUGUGGACAAAGUGGUGCGAGCAGUGGCCAUCGCUCUUCGCAACCUCGCCAUUGACAGAAGAAAUAAAGACCUGAUCGGAAAUUACGCUCUGAGGGACCUUGUCGCUAACUUGCCCUGUGGGCAGCAGCACCCUGUGAAAAAUCUGGAAGGAGAUACGGUGUUGUCUAUUCUGAACACGAUUUACGAGAUCAUCACAGAUAACCCUGAAAACGCUCGAGUUCUCAUACAGGGUCAUGCUGUGCAGAAACUGGUGGCUAUAAAUAAGUCAAGCCAAUCGGCAAGAGAGACCAAAGCAGCUUCACAUGUACUUCAGACAAUAUGGGCCUACAAGGAGCUAAGGCACACCCUGAUUAAGGCGGGAUGGAACAAGAGCCACUUCAAGCCAACAGCUUCAGGGGUAACUAAAAAAAACAAGAAUGGAAAACAACAAAACAGUGAUGACAUCACAUUGCCUCUCAUGGAGAAAAGCCAAGAUGUGUAUUCCACCUUAGAGCCAAAUGACCGAGUUGCAGACGGAAAGGGGCCUGUUGUGGAAAGAGAUGCUCCACAGGCGAUAAGUGAGAGAAAACACUUCAUCAGAGCUGGCAGGCCUGCAGUGGGCCUCAUGGAUAACAAACCUCCCCCGCUGGACUCAUGGGUGUGAACUUGACAACACGUCUAGUCUAGCUAGUUAAAUCCUUUAGAGACACUUUCCGUUGUUGAAAUGCAAAUCUGUGUCAUCUGUUCAUUCUUGUAAAUUUUAAAAGUUUAAAAGCUUUUUUUGUUUACAGAACUUAACGUGCCAAACACUUAUAUGUAUUUAAUCUGGAGAUUAGUUGGGAAUAGACAUUACUGGUUUAAGAUUUAGGAUGAUUUCUGUAAGCCCGAAACAUACAACUGAUAACAUGUUAUGUAUGAAGUAGCCUGAAAUAUGCAAACUGUGGUGAAUCAUAACUCCAAAGAUCAUAAAACAUGUACAAAGUGAAUAUGACAGUUUAUUUACAGUACACAGUACAAAUAGUUUGAUUUAGUGAAAAAAAAAAAUACAUGGCUCUUUUUUAUUGUCCACUUAUAGACUCUGGACCUAUGAUCUGAAAAAGUAUAAAAACAUUUUUUAGUCUCUGAUCAAUUUAGAGUACUGGCUGUUAUUUAUCACCCAAAACGUUUGGAAUUCAGUUUUGAUAAAUCUUAGCAGACACACUUAAAAUGAAUUGCAUUUGUUAUAAAGAAAGGCAAAAGAGGAUUGUACAUGUGUAACAAAGGACUGUUAAUAUUCAAAAUAAAGGCAUUUAUAUUGUAAUGUUUAUUGUAAUACCUAUGUUAUUAAAUAAUAGCUAUUUAUGUGUCUUAGCUAAUGCUUAUAAAUAAUACAUCUCUGCUUUGCA